AUGAGUUUAGAUAUAAUUAGCGGAGAAACGAUGAUUAUUAAAGUAAAAUACACCAAUCUUCUAGAAAGUUUCUCUCGUAAAAUUGUCGUAGAUAAAAGCAUUAAAUUGAAAGAAUUGGAAAACAAGAUACGUGAACGUUUCGAUGUGGAUUUCGAUCAAAGCGUCGAAAUUUUUUACAUUGACGAUGAUAAAGAUCGAAUUGCUAUUUCCUUUGAAGAUGAAUUAGCUUUAGCUUUGGAGAAUGGAAAAUUACAAACAUUUGAAAUUAUUGUUGACGAGUUUUGCGUUUACCCUGAGGUGCCAAAUGGAAAGGUUGGUGAAUGUGUUGAAAUUUUGAUCGAAUCAAAAUACCUCACAAUUGCCAACGCGACAAGCAGCAAUACCAAAGCUUGGGGAACUUACAUUCACACCAACGAUUCAGAUAUUGUUAAAACUCUGGCUAACUCGGAAAAGAUUAAAUUAAACGAAGUUGCACCUCCUUACAAUAUAGUUGCAGUCUUACUUUUCGUACCGGGAUGUAUUAACUACAUAGGAUCCGUUUCUCAAGGGGUCCGUACAAUGGAUUUCGGCCCAUAUGAUACAAGUUAUAUCAUUAAAGGUGUUAGGGCAGUACCUAUUCACGAAAAAGCUUAUCUAAAAUAA